UACUUUUUUCAGGUGAGUCUCUAUGAUCCCAACUGUUGACUUCACCCUUCUUCCCAGAGGCGUCCGCCCCGGCCCUUUUCUCCCUCCCUCCCUGCAGGUGAGCAUGCGCACGGGCUUGGCGUGCCAUAGCAACCGGAGCGGCAGACGGUAGCAACCAGAAUCAUAAUAAUGGAAGGCUGUUCAUUUGAAGAGAGAUCUACAUAAAUUGUUCUUCAUCAAGGAGUUGUCUGAGCAUCAGAAGUCACCUUCAGUAGAAUGGCAAAAGCAACAACUAUUAAGGAAGCUCUAGCCAGAUGGGAAGAAAAAAAUGGUCAGAAGCCAUCGGAGGCCAAAGAAGUGAAACUUUAUGCCCAGAUUCCCCCUAUAGAGAAAAUGGAUGCAUCUCUUUCCACUCUAGUUAGCUGCGAAAAGCUGUCCUUAUCUACAAACUGCAUUGAAAAAAUUGCCAACUUGAAUGGGUUAAAAAACUUACGGAUAUUGUCACUGGGAAGAAACAACGUAAAGAAUCUGAAUGGGCUGGAGGCAGUUGGGGAUACUUUAGAGGAGCUGUGGAUCUCAUACAACCUGAUUGAGAAAUUGAAAGGGCUACAUGUGAUGAAGAAGCUGAAGAUUCUCUACAUGUCAAAUAAUCUGGUAAAAGACUGGGCAGAGUUUGUGAGGCUGGCAGAGUUGCCAUUACUGGAGGAUCUGGUGUUUGUAGGUAAUCCACUGGAAGAGAAAUACUCCGCUGAUUCGCAAAGUGCCUGGGUUGAGGAAGCAACGAAACGAGUGCCCAAACUCAAGAAACUUGAUGGUAUUCCAGUUAUUAAGCAAGAAGAAGGAGAUGAAGGGGAGAACCCAGCAUGACUUUUUUCUUGUUUCUUAUUAAAUUAUUGCUGUAGCUCCAGCUCUAUACAGUAUGUGAAACUUUUGUAUAAAUAUGUCUUUGAAGAAAAUCUUGGGCAACAUUUUUAAUUGG